AGGGUGCUGUUAGCCGCGCGUGCGUGGGAGCGAUGUGUCCGGUGGCUCGUGAGGGGCGGCGCUGAGCAGGUACCGGGGGGUGGCAGAGAGCCCCUCACACCACAAGGCUCGACUGGGGAGCGCGCUGGCCCUACCGCUCACCACGGACCCGGGCGGCCGCGGGGGCGAAGCCUCGCACAGCAUGCCUGGCGGCCGGUGCUCCGGGGCGGGGCCCGGGGCUCCUGGCUGCGGCCCGGAGCGUUCUCAGCGGUCCUCUGGCGAGCCCCUGGCUGUGCCUGCGGGAGCAUUGGGGGCGGCCGGGGACACGGCUCCGGAGGAGCGAGGGACCUGCUGCGCUGGGGAAGGGCCGCUCGGCUGCAGCCUGCCUCUGGGCUGGUGUUGAAAGCGGCGGGACCGUUUCCUCCCGCUUCAGAAAGCGAGUCCGAGGCGGAGCGGGCCCGUGCGAGGCGGGCGGUGUGACGCGCUGCUGCCUCAGCCGUUAGUGCUGAGGGUACGUAGCGCUGCACUGAGAUCCCCGCGGCUGACUCGGGCCAAGGAGCUGGAGUCCGGGCCCAGGGGCACUGCGAGCGGGGAGCCUGCGAGCAUGGACACGGCAAUAAAACAGCCUCUUAGCCCGAGGUCCACGAGCCGGAGUCAGCUGGUACGGGCCAGCCGCGGGUGUCUAAUCCCAGCGUAGACCUGUCCUAAGAGCUCACGUAGAACAGACCCAAACAGCAGAUGACGUUAGUAUGACUAUGGCCCAGCCUGGGGCGGCAGUAGCAGCUGCUGCAGGAAUCCUGGUUCUCCUCCUCUACUCCUCCAUUCACAAAGUUGAUGAGGGCCACCUGGCAGUGUAUUACAGGGGUGGUGCAUUAUUAACCAGCCCAAGUGGACCAGGCUAUCACAUCAUGCUCCCAUUCAUUACCACCUUCAAAUCAGUGCAGACAACAUUGCAAACUGAUGAAGUAAAAAACGUGCCUUGUGGGACGAGUGGUGGGGUUAUGAUCUACAUUGACCGAAUAGAAGUUGUGAAUAUGUUAGCACCAUAUGCAGUGUUCGAUGUUGUGAAGAACUACACUGCAGACUACGAUAAGACCCUGAUCUUCAAUAAAAUUCACCAUGAGCUGAAUCAGUUCUGCAGUGCCCAUACCCUCCAGGAAGUGUACAUUGAGCUGUUUGAUCAGAUUGAUGAGAACCUGAAGCUGGCCCUGCAAAAAGAGCUGAAUGUCAUGGCGCCAGGUCUCACCAUCCAGGCUGUGCGUGUUACAAAGCCCAAAAUCCCAGAAGCCAUCCGAAGAAACUUCGAACUAAUGGAGGCUGAAAAGACCAAACUGCUCGUCGUAGCACAGAAGCAAAAGGUUGUGGAGAAGGAGGCGGAGACUGAGAGGAAGAAGGCUCUCAUAGAAGCUGAGAAGGCGGCUGAGGUGGCCAAGAUUCAUUAUCGACAGAAGGUUAUGGAGAAGGAAACAGAGAAGAGAAUUUCUGAGAUUGAAGAUGCUGUUUUGCUAGCAAGAGAGAGAACAAAAGCUGAUGCAGAAUAUUACACAGCUCAGAAAAUGGCUGACUCUAACAAGCUGAAACUCACGCCAGCAUAUCUGGAGCUGAAGAAGUAUCAGGCCAUUGCUGCCAACAGCAAGCUGUAUUUUGGUAACAGCAUCCCCAGCAUGUUUUUGGAUUCCUGCACCUUCAAACACGUGGCUAUGAGGACCGUGCCAGAAGCGAGCCUCCUUUCAAAGGAGGAUCCUGCACUCUCUGGGGGAAGCCACCUCAAAAAACCAGAGAGCACAGGCUGAUGCAAGAGGUGGAAAAGCUUCAGCAAGCUCUGGAGGAAGCGGCUGCGUCGUGCAGACCAGUGUCCUCCCCGGUGUGCUACAGGGGCGCUGCCUGCUCUCUGCCAUGCCCCAGUGGGGCGGACACAGCACACGCAGCCUCUUUCUACACAGAUGUGACAAUUUGGUUGAUUUCUUUAUGCAACAACUGUGUUGAGGGCUCUGCCUUUCCCUUUUCUCACUCUCUGUUUGAGCUGGUGCUUCCGAAUGAGGGACAAUCCUGUACUUAAACCUGCCUAUACUGGAAUAUUAAAGGACAGAAGCCAGGGA